AGACCUCAGUAGCCAAUCAGAAGGUCCCGUUGACAAUCAACUAGCAACGCGCUAAAGCUUGGCGUCUGUUGUUGUGUGCUAUGGUGUCCUUAGCUUAUUAGCAUCAUUAGCAGACAGAACAUCUCUAAUCUUACUGGAAGGAUUUAGGAUUAAAGACCUGCAAGUUUAUUGCCUUCAAACUGCAAAAUGAGUUUGACUGUCAGGACUGAUCUAACAGCGGAUAAAAGUAAAAGGAAGAAAAGGAGAGAACUCACUGAAGAGCAGAAGGAUGAAAUCAAGGAGGCAUUUGAGCUGUUUGAUACAGACAAGGAUAAAGAAAUAGAUUAUCAUGAGUUAAAGGUGGCGAUGAGAGCUCUUGGUUUUGAGGUGAAGAAAGUAGACGUGUUAAAGAUCUUGAAAGAUUAUGACAGAGAAGGAACUGGAAAAAUAAAGUUUGAUGAUUUUAAGGAAGUGGUGACAGACAUGAUACUGGACCGAGACCCAAAAGAGGAAAUCCUAAAGGCCUUUAAGUUGUUCGACGACGAUGAAACGGGAAAAAUCAGCCUGAGAAACUUGCGGCGAGUGGCCCGAGAGCUCGGAGAAGACAUGAGUGAUGAAGACCUGCGGGCCAUGAUCGAUGAAUUCGACGGUGACGGGGAUGGAGAGAUUAAUCAAGAGGAGUUUGUCUCGAUCAUGACUGAAGACUCAUGAGGAGCUAUCAGGAAAUGUUCAAUGAAGAUCCGGUUUCACAUUCAUCGAUGUAGGAGCUCAUCGAUCAGAUAGGAGUUUGUUCUUAUUUGUGGACAGUAAACCUCAGUUCCCCCAAACAUUUUAGGACAUUUUUCGUUUUUCUCAUUAAGUAAUAACAUAGUCUCGGACCCUGAGAAAGUGAAGAUGGUUUUAAACUGGUGGGUUGCAGCACAGAACUGGGUUGCAGAUCUUUGCAGUCAAUGUCUUACAAACUGAACAACUGGUUAAAAAAAAAUAUCACACACACACAAUAACAAUGGGUUUUAGUAAAAUAAAUUGAAUUUGUUUAUUUCAGUUUGAUUCAACAACAUUGGUAGCACUUGGGAUCGCCGUUUGAUAUACAAUGUUAUGUCAGGGGCAAAACUAGUUAACCUGUAUAAUGAAUGUUACUGAUAGCUGUAGUACUAAAGGGUACAAGUCGUUUAUCAUUAAAAAAUGCUUUCGGUCUGA